UGUUCACGGUGUCAUAUGACUCCGGCUGUUCAUCUCUGCUCACUGCUCAGCUGUUUACACAUAGACCGUAUAAUUUAAUUUAACUAAAACAACAACAAUGUCGACGUUAGUAGCGAACCGGCCCGUGGAUCUAAAUGGCCCCGAAGCGGCGGCACGACAACACGCUCAAGCCGUGGUCAGAAACUACAUCUCCCAGCCCAGACUGACCUACACUACUGUGUCUGGUGUGAAUGGGCCACUGGUUAUUUUGGACAAUGUCAAAUUCCCACGUUACGCAGAGAUUGUGCAUCUUACCCUUCCUGAUGGGACCAAGAGGAGCGGGCAGGUUCUGGAGGUCAUCGGCACCAAAGCUGUCGUUCAGGUUUUUGAAGGAACCUCGGGUAUUGAUGCUAAGAAGACAGCCUGCGAGUUCACCGGUGACAUCCUGCGCACACCAGUGUCUGAAGACAUGCUUGGACGUGUCUUCAACGGGUCAGGUAAACCCAUUGACAGGGGUCCUACUGUUCUAGCUGAGGACUAUUUGGACAUCAUGGGUCAGCCCAUCAACCCACAGUGUCGUAUCUACCCAGAGGAGAUGAUCCAGACUGGCAUCUCUGCUAUUGAUGGCAUGAACAGUAUCGCUCGUGGCCAGAAGAUCCCCAUCUUUAGUGCUGCUGGACUGCCGCAUAAUGAGAUUGCAGCCCAGAUUUGUCGUCAGGCUGGUUUGGUGCAGAAAUCCAAAGAUGUGACUGACUACAGUUCAGAAAACUUUGCCAUCGUCUUUGCUGCUAUGGGAGUCAACAUGGAGACAGCACGUUUCUUCAAGUCAGACUUUGAGGAAAACGGUUCCAUGGACAAUGUGUGCUUGUUUCUGAACCUGGCCAACGAUCCUACCAUUGAGCGCAUCAUCACCCCGCGUCUGGCACUGACCACAGCAGAGUAUCUGGCUUAUCAGUGUGAGAAGCACGUGUUGGUCAUCCUGACGGACAUGAGCUCCUAUGCGGAGGCUCUGAGAGAGGUGUCUGCUGCCCGUGAAGAGGUGCCGGGUCGUCGUGGGUUUCCUGGUUACAUGUACACCGAUCUUGCUACAAUCUACGAGCGCGCUGGAAGAGUGGAGGGCAGGAACGGGUCCAUCACACAGAUCCCUAUUCUGACCAUGCCUAAUGAUGAUAUCACCCAUCCAAUUCCUGAUCUGACGGGAUACAUCACAGAGGGACAGGUGUAUGUAGACAGACAGCUGCAUAACAGACAGAUCUAUCCUCCAAUCAACGUACUUCCAUCUCUCUCUCGUUUGAUGAAAUCUGCUAUCGGAGAGGGAAUGACCCGCAAAGAUCACGCUGAUGUCUCUAACCAGCUGUAUGCGUGUUAUGCCAUUGGCAAAGAUGUUCAGGCCAUGAAAGCUGUGGUUGGUGAGGAAGCUUUGACCUCAGAUGACUUGCUGUACCUGGAGUUCCUGCAGAAGUUUGAGAAGAAUUUCAUUGCUCAAGGUGCCUAUGACAACAGAACGGUGUUUGAGACGCUGGACAUUGGUUGGCAGCUGCUGCGUAUCUUCCCUAAAGAAAUGCUGAAGAGAAUUCCUCAAAGCACAUUGGCCGAAUUCUACCCGAGAGAGUCUGCUGCUCGCCACGGGGCGUCCUAAAACCACAACUUCACCUUCCAGAGGCCCGUGUCUCCCUCACAAACCUCUUCCUCCACACUCCUGUCCACUUCUACUCUGACAAGUGAUGUGUAGGAUUAGAGGGCAUAACUCUGGGAUAAUAUACAUUUAACAUCCACAGAAUGGUUUCGUACAUGUGUGUGAUUUUCCCAUGUGUUAUGAUUUUUUUUUUUCAUUGUCCCUCGUUGUUGUGUUAUACAUGUUUGUGUGUAUUGUGUUGUGUGGUUAGGAUGUGUAAUUGUGAUUUUGCUUUUGUUUCAGUGGUGCAUACUGUCCAGUAGUUCAUUUCUUUUUCGUUAUUUCACUGUCUGCAGCCUAAAGACAAUUUUGAAAACAUCUCAAAGGGAAAUAUUCAGGGCUCACUUGCAUAUCCGUGUGCUCACUCAGUCCUCCAUUCAACAAGCGCACAACUAAUACUAUUUUUCGACACAUUCCAAUGCAAGUAAUGAGAAUAUUUGAUUGCUAAAUUAAUUUGUGGCCCUUCUCCUGAAAAUAUUCGCUUUUUAUUUAUUUUAUUAUCCAAAGAAGAGAAAAAAAUCUUGCGCACCAAACUUGGUUUGUGUUGUGCUGACAGACAGACAGGUAAUUAUAGGUGUUGAAUGAUCAUAUAGUUUGUGUAUGCUUGUCACUGACAGCUGUUAUUUCCCAUUUAGAGGAGGAUGGAGGAUGUUUACAGCGUCUGUGCUUUGAAUUAUGUGCUGCAAUAUAAGACUGAUUAGACAUUCCUCUCUUACUCUGUAUGCGUAAACUCGUUUUACCUGUUUUGAUUGCUGUUAAACCUGUCAAACCUCUCAGAUGAAUUAAAUUAUAUUGUUAUAUUG